AAUUAUCCCAUGUGCAUGGGGGCGAUUGACGGAAAACACAUCUCUCUACGCACACCACUUAACAGUGGAUCCGUAUUCUUCAACUAUAAGCAUUUUUUUAGCAUCUUACUUUUAGCAGCUGUUCAUGCUAACUACCAUUUUAUAUAUGUAGACGUUGGAUUAACAGGCAGAAGUGGAGAUGCUGGUGUUUGA